AUGACGACUGAGAGCAAUUACAGUGAAGUGAGAUUCAAAACUGAACCUCAACCCUCAGGUACCACAUCACAGGUUCCUGCAGCUCCCAAAGAUAGGACUUCACCUCCCAAAAGUAACACUGGUUGCCUCAAGCUACUUCUUGUCUCUUUGCUGAUUCUUCUGCUGCUGAAAAUCCUAUUUCUAAUUGUCACUAUCAGUUUCUUUCAAAAAUAUUCUAACCUUGUACAAGAAGAAAAGUUUACCCUAGAACUGACUCACACCAUGUUGGAAUGUAAGAAAGAAAACUCAACCAUGGAAGGGAAAUCCUGGAGCUGCUGCCCGAAGAAUUGGAAUCCAUUUGGUUCAAAUUGCUACUUUUUUUCUUCUGAGGAAAAAAACUGGACUGACAGCGAGAAGCACUGUGCAGAGAUGCAGGCGCAUCUGCUGGUGGUUGACAGCAAGGAGGAAGAGGACUUUAUCGAAAAUAAUUUGAAUGAGGAUCACGUUUAUUAUUUGGGGCUGUCAGAUCUGAAGAAUGGUCACUGGGAAUGGGUUAAUGACACACCAUACAAUCAAAGCGUCACGUUCUGGCACCAAAAUGAACCCAAUAAUGACUAUGAACAUUGUGUUACAUUAGAUUUUCGUUGCGAAUGGGGCUGGAAUGAUAUGUCUUGUAAUGAGCCUGAGCAUUCAAUUUGUGAGAUGUUGAAGAUCUACUUAUGA